UAUAUGUAAGUGUAUAUAUAUAUAUGCUGAGUUUCGUCCAAAUACCCACAUUCCCCAUAAAAUUUCAACGGGUGUCCUAAAAUUCAAUCAAUUUCUCGUUUUGGCGUUAAAACGGCGCGUUAAAACGGCUUCCCAGCCACUUCAUUAUCAUAGGAAAUGCAGACCCAGCCUUCUCCACGCGUAUUCAAAAAAAAAAGUCCACCCAGCCUCCACGACCAAGUCGCAUGAGCUAUAAUAUGAUAUAUCUCAUUAUUCCAUGUAAGUUCUUUUGCUCUCAGACAUCAAGUAAUUGUUCUCGAGUCCGUUCUAUCUUUUUGCAAAUUUAUCCAAUCAUGCUUCUUAAUACUUCCACUUCCACUAUCUUCGCGCUAUCGUCACUUUUUCUACUAUCAUCGGCGCUUCCAGUUGCUCAAAAUGAUGUUAUUUGGGUUGAACAUAUAAAGAGAGCUACAUACUCUGUUGUGAAUGUCCAAGGGUCUUCUUCGACUUCCAUAAGUGGUGGAAAUUUGGAACCCACGACUACUGUGGUAAAAACCGUUACCAAGACCGACCAGCCGACAACAAAAACAGUGGUCAAGACCGAUGCGACUACAACUACGAAUUACAUAGUUUCAACCCAGACUGUGAGGGGUUCUGAUACAACCGAGACUAUUCCUAUCACCAUUACACCAUCCCCGACGACCGUCACUAGCUUUAGCUAUUCAAUUGUGGAUAUCACUGUUCCAGUGACGACUCCCGAAUCUCCAUCAAAACAGACUACUACCCGUGCGAGUCCCUCUUCAGAACCAUCAUCGUUUUCCGAAUCUUCAACAACAGCCAUAUCUCCCUCAUCGAAAUCUUCCACCAAACCCACGUCAACCUCAACCACACGCGAAACUGUGACAUCAUCUAGUGCUUCCAAGUCACCCAGUGCAGUCGCAUCUUCCUCCACGAGUUUGUUUUCGUCAUCAUCACUGUCCCAAAGCCGUACCAGCGUUACCAGUUUGACUACAUCUCAAGUAUCGAACCCAACCUCAAUUCUUGGAGCAUCGACAAGCACUUGUACCGAUAAAAUAUCUAUCAUCCCAUCUCCCACGACUACUUCAUCAUCAUCGUGGCUUACUACUUAUACGGCCAGAUCCUCGGAUUGGUAUACUAUCACAGUCUUGCCUACAGCCGCUACUACUUCCUAUGAUAAUGGACAAUGGCAUACUAGCUAUCCUUCUUGGAAUUCCACGACUGAUAUCCCAAGAAGCUAAGGAAUAAUCGAUUCGUUCAUCGAAUUCUAACCAUCUUAUUGUUUUGAGAGAAACAAAUAUCACGGAAGGAAACCCCCCCCGAGAAUAUUGAUAAGAUGCUCAUGGCGGAAUCACGUUGCCUCCACUCGCCCUUGGUGGAGCAAGAGUGCUUUCUCGAGAUUAAGCGUGUGACCAGAGGCACGAAAAUCUGUACUUGAUUUGGUUCUACUUACAAAAUUUGGUGCGGUAAUGUUAAUUUGGAGUUGUGGAAUCAUAAAGGAUCAGGCAACCAAGAGCUGGGAUGCCGGUCAGAUUUUAUAUCAUUGAUUGCAUAGGAGGGAAGUCGGAAUGAAUUUGACGAAAUAAUGUUAAAUGAAUAUUGAGAUUUAGGAUAAUUAAUAAUGAAAAAUAAUUAGAAUCA